GGGCCGGGAUGGGUGGACGGUGCCGGACGGUGGCAAUGGCGUCAGAUGAGCGGCUGGCCCGCUUCCGCCAGGCCCACCUGAACCCCUUCAACAAGACCCCUGAGCAGCUGGAGCGCCCCGACGGAGAAUCCCCUGCCCCAGCCCAGCAGCCGGAUCCCACCCCAGGGGACCCCGAGGGCGCCCUGGACCUGGGGCUGGCCGAGGACCACUUCUCCCGCCCUGUGGGGCUGAUCCUGGCGUCGGACGUGCCGCAGCUGCGCCGGGCCAUCGAGGAGUGCAAGCGGGUGAUCCUGGCGCUGCCCGAGCACUCGGAGCGGCAGAAGGACGCCGUGGUUCGGCUCAUCCACCUCCGCCUCAAGCUGCAGGAGCUGAAGGACCCUGGUGAGGAUGAGCCCAACAUCCGGGUGGUCCUGGAGCAUCGUUUCUACAAGGAGAAGAGUAAGAGCGUCAAGCAGAUGUGUGACAAGUGCAGCACCAUCAUCUGGGGGCUCAUCCAGACCUGGUACACCUGCACAGGCUGCUACUACCGGUGCCACAGCAAGUGCCUGCCGCUGGUGAGCCGGCCGUGCGUGCGGGCCCAGGUGAGCCACCAGGCCGAGUACCAGCUCAGCAUCUGCCCCGAGAGUGGGCUGGACAGCCAGGACUAUCGCUGUGCCGAGUGCCGGGCCCCCAUCUCCCUCCGGGGGGUGCCCAGUGAGGCCCGGCAGUGCGACUACACCGGCCUCUACUACUGCUCCAGCUGCCACUGGAACGACCUGGCCGUGGUGCCCGCCCGUGCCAUCCACAACUGGGACUUCGAGCCCCGCAAGGUGUCGCGCUGCAGCAUGAGGUACCUGGCACUGAUGGUGUCACGGCCGGUGCUGAAGCUGCGGGAGAUCAACCCACUGCUCUUCAACUACGUGGAGGAGCUGGUGGAGAUCCGGAAGCUGCGCCAGGACAUCCUGCUGAUGAAGCCCUACUUCAUCACCUGCAAGGAGGCGAUGGAGGCACGGCUGCUGCUGCAGCUGCAGGACCGGCAGCACUUUGUGGAGAACGAUGAGAUGUAUUCGCUGCAGGACCUGAUCGACAUCGAGGCCGGGCGCCUUGGCUGCUCCCUCACCGAGAUCCACACACUCUUUGCCAAGCACAUCAAGCUGGACUGCGAGCGAUGCCAGGCCAAGGGCUUUGUCUGCGAGCUGUGCCGGGAGGGCGACGUGCUCUUCCCCUUCGACAGCCACACCUCGGUCUGCGCCGACUGCUCCGCCGUCUUCCACAGGGACUGCUACUACGACAACUCCACCACCUGCCCCCGGUGCACCCGGCUGAGCCUGCGGAAGCAAUCCUUGUUCCAGGACUCGGUCACGGAGGCAGAGCCCUGAGGGGGGUUUGGCCCCACGGUGGGGUCUCAGGCCCAAGACUGCCCCCCACCCACCACAGGGCCCUGGGAUGGACACAAUCAACCCAGUGGUGGCCCUGGCUCUGGGAUCCUCUGCUCGUGGAAAUAGCAGCACUGCCGGGAGGGAAUCACUGCUGGACCCCAGUCAUUCCCGGGAGCAUGGAGAGCCUCACCGGAGGGGCCAGGAUCGGGUUAACUGGGAUCCGGUUAACGCCCCACCGCGGCUCCUGCCGUCCCUGCCUGGAGCCGGGUGCGGGCAGGGAUGGAGUGCAGGCCGGGGCUGGUGCUGCGCUGUCCUGGAGUCACUGCUGCUGUCGGGAGGGCUCAGCCCUGGCACCGGGAUGGCACCGAGUCCCUCCCACACCCAGCACUGGACUCUGGUCCCUCCCCACCACCGUUACCGGGGCCUAACCCCGCGGGGGAUGUUGCGGGAUGUUCCCCGGGCUGGACC